GAUGUAUGAUACGUUAAAAAUGAUAUGACCCAUCAGGUCGAGUACCAUCCUUUCCAGCAGCCCAAUCAACUGAUAGAGUACUGUCGUCAGGAGGGAAUUGUGUUUGAAGGGUACAGUCCUCUGGCCAAGGGUCAAGUCCUCAGCGACCCAACUGUUCUCCAAAUAGCAGAAAAGUACAGCCUCACACCUGCUCAGAUCUGCAUCCGCUGGAGUAUUCAGAAUGAAGUUGUCACAAUACCAAAAUCCAUCAAAAAGAAGAGGAUACAAGAAAACUGUCAAGUCUUUGGGUUCCAGCUGGAGGAGUCGGACAUGGCCGCUUUGGGCAGAUUACAUGAUGAAAGACGUGUUUCUUGGGAUCCAACAAACGUGGAGUAACGUUACGUGAGAAAACUCAAGAGUGUGUUUGCCCUAGAACUGGUUUUGUCGGUAACAGUUGGCAGUAGAACUAACCUUGAGAUUGUAAUAUGAUUUGAAUUAGAUUGUUGAUCAUUAGCUUUGUGUGUCACAUGUGAAGCUCAUUCAACUCAGCUCUGUGAAGACAAACAAAAGGACCAAAAGGUCUUUAAGUGCCUUACUUUAUAGAAAUACUGUAACUACUAAUAUAAAAAUGAUGAUGUAAGAACGACUAGAUGUUACAAUCAUAGGCAACAUAGAAAAGGUGAUUUUAGCAAAAACAAAAAUGCCUUUGUUAAAAUAAAGCUGUCACAGAGGAUGCAGGUUUGUGUUGCAAAAUUUGCAGGUUUUCCUAACUCCUAGAUUUACAGGCUUUACCAGAGGACUUGCAGUUCAUGGUCAGGUUACUUUAUUUGUACUAGUAGGUAGAUUUGUUUUGCAGUAUUGUUUAUUUACUGUACCUAUUUUUUACCCCUGAAAUGACCAGGAUGCAUUUCCUAUGAAAAUGUAUAAAACCCUUUCACCCUUAUCAGUUAUUUCUCUCAGGUAAACAGUGUACAGUACUGUGAACCACACCUCAUCUGUCCUUGUAGUAUUUAUAUUUCAGGAAAUAAAUGCAAUGUUUUACGUACUGA